AUGGGUGCCUUGUCCGCAAUCACCUACGACUACGACCUCGACGUUCUUAUCGUCGGUGCUGGUUUCUCAGGUAUAUAUCAACUACACAAAUAUCGCCUCCUCAACCUUCGCGCAAAAAUAUUCGAAGCCGGUUCAAAUCUGGGAGGAGUAUGGUUCUGGCACAAUUUUCCUGGCGCGCGGGUAGAUAUACCUGUUCCCAUGUACGAAUUCUCCUCCGAGGAUUUGUGGAAGGAAUGGUACUGGUCUGAACGCUAUCCCAGUCAGAAGGAGCUGCGUUCAUACUUUGAGCAUGUGGAGAAAAAGCUAGAUGUGAAGAAGGAUGUGUGUUUUGACACGAGGGUCACUAGUGCGCAUUUUAAUGCCAGCAAGGAUAGGUGGAUCAUUAUCACAGAGAAUGGAGUGACUGCCCAAGCAAAAUUUCUAUGUCUAUGCUUGGGAUUCGGAUCUAAGCCAUACAUUCCUGACCUCCCUAACCUUUCCUCAUUUCGUGGAAGCGGCGGUAUAAUUCACAGUGCACGCUGGCCUCGUGACGGCGCAGAUAUAAAAGGAAAACGGGUUGGAGUUAUUGGGACUGGCGCUUCUGGAGUGCAGAUCAUACAGACCUUGGCUAGCCUACCCCCAGACGAAGGCCCUAAUCUGUUGACAGUCUUUCAGCGCACGCCAAAUUUGGCCAUUCCAAUGCGCCAGGAAAAAUUGGAUAGAGUGAGCCAGGAUAAAGCAAAGACACUUUAUCCAAUGUUAUAUCGAAGAAGGCGUCAAACUGCUGCUGGCCUUAGUUUCGAUAGAUAUCCAAAAAACUUCUUUGAUGCCUCCCCGGAAGAACGUAUUUUGCUUUUGGAAGAUCUCUGGCAAAGCGGGGGCUUCUCGUUUCUAUUUGCCAACUUCAAUGAUAUUUUGACCGAUCGGGUAGCAAACGAGGAGGUAUAUGCUUUUUGGCGACGAAAAGUCCGCGAAAGACUCAAAAACCCCGACUUGCAUGAAAAACUUGCUCCAACUAUUCCUCCGCAUGCAUUGGGAGCCAAACGUUCUAGUUUAGAGCAAUGCUAUUACGACGUAUACAAUCAAGAUAACGUCGAACUGGUGGAUAUUAUGACCAAUCCCGUAGUUGAGAUCACACCCAAGGGAGUCAAAACUGCAGACGGAAUAGAGCACGAAUUAGAUGCUCUUAUUCUUGCAACAGGUUACGAUAGCGUCACGGGAGGAAUAACCCAAAUUGAUAUCCGUGGCAUCGACGGCACGAGUAUCAAGGAAAAGUGGCAAGAUGGAGUGUACACAUAUCUGGGGCUCACAUCUGCUGGAUUCCCAAACCUGUUCUUCGUGUAUGGUCCGCAAGGUCCUACCGCGGUUUGUUCCGGGCCUACUUGUGCAGAGACUGAAGGGGAUUGGAUUGUAUCCUGCAUCAAAACCAUGUUGGAACAUAAUGUGACGCGUAUUGAGGCCACCCAUGAAGCUGAAGUUGCCUGGCGGCAGCAAGUCAUGUCUGAAGCUUCUACUCGACUGAUCAGUACCGCGCGGUCGUGGUAUGUUGGGGCCAACGUCAAAAACAAGAAAGUAGAAAUUUUGAUGUAUACCGGUGGUGCAGCUAAGUACACGCAGAUUUGUCAGGAAGUUGCGGAUGGAGGGUAUGAAGGAUUUACUCUUUCAAGUACAGAAGGGAAUGUUGACUUGAUACGCGAUAAGCUUAACUGA